AUGAUUAGAACUGUUAAACCAAAAAACGCCCGUUCUAAGAGAGCUCUUGCUAAGCAAGAAGCCAAGUUGGUCGAGAACACCAAGACCGCUUUAUUCGUUCCAGGAUCCACCGGUAACAAGUUCUUGCACGAUGCCAUGUGUGAUCUUAUGGCGUUGAAGAAACCAUUUGUUAAGAAGUUCAGCAAGAAGAACGAUAUCAGACCUUUUGAUGAUGCCAGCACCUUAGAAUUCUUUGCUGAAAAGAACGACACAUCCUUAAUGGUCCUCUCCACACACAACAAGAAGAGACCUAACACCUUGAUCUUUACCCGUUUCUUCAACCACAAAGUAUACGACAUGCUUGAAUUAUCCAUACAAGACAACCACAAGUUAUUGCAAGACUUCAAGAAGUUGACUUUCACAGUUGGAUUGAAACCAAUGUUCACUUUCAACGGACCAGCAUUUGACUCCCACCCUGUCUUCCAACACGCCAAAUCAUUAUUUAUGGACUUUUUCCGUGGUGAAGAAACUGAUUUACAAGAUGUUGCUGGUUUACAAUAUAUUAUUGCUUUAUCCACCGGGGAAAUCGAAGAUCCAAACGAUUCCAAGAACCUUCCACUUUUACAUUUCAGAGUAUACAAAUUGAAGUCUUACCAAUCAGGCCAAAAACUUCCAAGAGUUGAGGUUGACGAAAUAGGACCAAGAUUUGACUUCAAGAUCGGCAGAAGAGUUUCUCCUGCUCCUGAACUCGAGAAGGAAGCCUACAAGAAGCCUAAGCAAUUACAAGCCAAGGUCAAGAAGAACGUUUCUACCGACUUUAUGGGUGACAAGGUUGCUCAAAUUCACUUGGGUAAGCAAGACUUGGGCAAGUUGCAAACUAGAAAGAUGAAGGGUUUGAAGGCUAAGUAUGACCAAGACAGUGAUUUCGAUGAUGAGGAUGAUUUCGUCGACGCCAUUGACAACGAAGAACCUGCUGUCAAGAGAGCCAAGCACGAUUAA